UCCUUGAGCUCCCUUCCAACCCAACCAUGCUGUGGCUGCGUGGCUCUUCGCACAGCCGUCCCUUCUGCCCCUCAGCUGUGUGUGUCCUGCAGGCACGCCGGCGUGUACACAGCUGAGGAGGUGGCUCUGAUCAUGAGGGAGAAGCUGAUCCGCCUGCAGUCGCUCUACAUCGAUCAGUUCAAACGGCUGCAGCACCUCCUGAAGGAGAAGAAACGCCGCUACCUGCACAGCCGCAAGGCAGAGCACGACGCUGUAGGCAGCAGCCUCCUGACGGGACCUGAGGGGCUCAUGGCCAAGGAAAGGGAGAACCUGAAGCGCCUCAAAUGCCUGCGGCGUUACCGGCAGCGCUACGGCGUGGAGGCUCUGCUGCACCGGCAGCUGAAGGAGCGCAGGGUGAUGGCGACCGACGGCGCGGCCCAGCAGGCUCACACCACCCGCUCCAGCCAGAGAUGUUUGGCCUUCGUGGACGACGUGCGCUGCUCCAACCCCUCGCUGCCCAUGGCCAGGCACUGCCUGACUCACAUCUGCCAGGACACCAACCAGAUGCUGUUCAAACCAUGCCAGGGCUCCGAGGAGGUGCCCUGCCACAAACCCGUUCCCGUCAGCCUCUCCGAGGAGCCCUGCUGCCCUCUGCACCUCCGCCUGCCCCCGCAGCUGUACGUCCCUGAGCAGGUGCUGGCUGUCCCCGAGGAGCUGCAGGCAGCCCCCACCGACCUGUACCUGAGUGCCGCGGAGCUGCAGCCCACCGAGAGUUUGCCCCUGGAGUUCAGCGAUGUAAGUUGGACGUGCUGCUGGUAGGGAGGUGUCCCAAAGCUCCUCCUUUUCGCCACUGAAUGGAGGUGGAAGACCGGGAGAGCUGGUGCUGGAGCCACGUGUGCCUCACGCACCAGAUUUUAUCCAUCCCAUCCCACACCAACCAUCCCGUGCUUCUCCAACCAUGGAGGGGUUGGACCCCUUGAAGGUCCCUUCCAAGCCAACCAUCCCGUGGUGUUCCAACCCAACUCAAUCCAUACUUCCAUGAUCUUCAAGGUCCCUUCCAACCCAACCAUCCCAUAGUUCUCCAACCCAACCUAAUCCAUACUUCCAUGAUCUUUAAGGUCCCUUCCAACCCAAUCAUCCCAUGGUGUUCCAACCCAAC